AUGUCGAUGCCAUUGUCCAUGCCACCGACGACCGCUGACAUUCACCGACAUCACCGACACCGGACGAGACCCACGACACCACCGACACCACCGACACCACCGACACCACCGACACCACCGACACCACCGACGCCACCGACGCCACCGACGCCACCGACGCUACCGACGCCAUCGACGCCGCCACUAGCGACGACUUUUCGUUUUCUUCCUGCGAGGUACACGGCAUGGAAAGAAUCGACACGUGCUUUCAAAGCCAUGCGACACAACAGAUCGGCUCAGACGACUCUGCCACCCGUUUGUGUUUCGCCUGUACCCUCUGUUGUGGCAUUUGAGCCUUUGGAUGCCAUGAUACCCAUUACGAUGCGUCAGGGCGAGCGCAUGCUGAAAGUAACGCAAAACAAGGUGGCGAUGCGUUUGUUCCGCGUCGACACUGAGUCGGCAUCGAUCGUGUGGGAAAGCAAGCGAGGGAAUUCUGUGCGUCUGUAUGCGGUGCGCGAUGUGCGUGUUGGCGAAUCUGCGCGCUCAUACCGUCACUCGUUGCAGAUUUCUGACGAGCAUGAGCCACGCUGGAUCUCGAUCAUCUACCAGACGGCGCGGGCUUACAAGGCUGUACACAUGGUGGCGUUAUCUGAUGAAUCACUCGCUAGAUGGCGCGAUUCGCUCCUGCGCAUUCUUGCGCAAUGGCAUGCGCUUGUAUCAGGGCGCGUGACAGCAUCGCGUGCACAGGGUGAAUGGCUCCAGGCGUCCUGGGAUGUAGAGAAGCGACUUGAUCAGAGCGCGCUUGCGCGGCUGUGUCAGCGGAUGGGUGUGCAGAUCAGUCGGCCCGAGCUUGACACACUGUUUCUGGAGGCUGAUCGGGAGCGUGUAGGAGCGCUGAACUUUGAGGCAUUCCAGCGUUUCGUCGCUGCACUGAAGCGGCGACCAGACGUUGAGCAGCUGUUUUACCAGCUGGCCAAGAGGGAUGCGCAAGAGUCCUGUUCGAUUUCGCUUAGCUCAUUCACCUCGUUCCUGCAUCGUGAGCAGGGCGAGUGGAAGUGGACAUCCGACGAUAUUGCCCACAUCUAUCAACGCUACCGGGUCGACACCCUGGAUGGGUUUGCGGCGUUUCUCAUGUCGCGAGACAAUGGCGCGUACAAUGAUCCCGUUUUGUCUGGAGGCGAAGCGGCAGGAAAAGAGAAGGAAAGUGGAAGCCUUCAUGCGAGGACUCAAGCAUCGAGCGGCCGACUGGAUGAGCCAUUAAGCAGCUAUUAUAUAUCGUCAAGUCAUAACACAUACCUGGAGGGCGGGCAAUGGAAAGGCGAUAGCACUGUCGAAGGCUAUGUACGUGCACUGCAUAAAGGCGCCCGGUGCGUUGAGCUCGACUGCUGGGACGGGCCUGGCGGACAGCCACAGGUCACACAUGGACAUACACUCACCAGUCGCGUGCCCUUGGACGAUGUGGUGGCGGCCGUGGCACAAUAUGCGUUUGUCGCUUCGCCGUACCCACUGAUUCUUUCGUUGGAAGUGCAUAAUGAUCUUGCACAGCAAGUUGUUCUGGCCAACAUUUUGCAGGCGCGGCUGGGCGACAUGCUUGUGACGGCGCCAUUGGACGACGAUGUCCAGCCAGGGAUGCUACCAAGUCCUGAACAGCUUCGCUUCCGCAUCCUUGUCAAGUGCAAGGACCAUGUUUGGAUUCAUUCUCAAGUUUCACAAGAUGCGGACGACCAGCAGCCGCUGCCCCAGGGGCGUAGCUCCUCCUCGACUGAACAGACGGAAUGGGAAAGCGAUUCAUUUUUGGAUCAAGCGCGGAAUCUUGUACGUCUCGCGCGACAUCGCACCGAGCGAGGGAAAAUCGCUCGGCCUCUCGCUCGUGAGCUUGUGCGCCUUCUCGUGUAUACCGUCGGCGUGCCAUUCCGCGGACUCAACAAGAAAGAACAGUAUGCUGCUGAGCAUAUGUUCUCUCUAUCCGAGCGCUCUGCGGCGCGGCUCAUGCGGCAGAGCCAUGCAGACUUGGUCAAACACAACCUGACGCAUUUGACGCGUGUCUAUCCAUCGAUGACGAAGCUAAGCCGCCUCACGUCCAGCGCGAAUUUCCUUCCCAUGGACAUGUGGGCAUCGGGCUGCCAGCUUGUGGCUCUGAAUUGGCAGACACACGACCAAGGUAUGUCACAGAACUUGGCUCUUUUCGCGCGGAGUGCCGGCUAUGUCCGCAAGCCGAGUGCCCUGCGUGUGAGGAGCUGCUUGAAGAAUGACGGCGGCACACUGCUUGUAUCGUGCGUGCUGACCAUCGUGUCGGCGCAGCAGGUUCCACACAUGCGGAGCGCAGACGAGGCGGUGUGUCCGUAUGCGACGGUAAGCGCGGAUGUACCCCAACAAUGGGGCAAAGAUGCCGUGCAAGUGUCUGUACCAGCGGCGGUGCCGAGGGAAUCGCCAUCUAUGGCCACGUGUCAAGGCGACUCCCUCGCAGGCUGUACGGCUUCAGGGCUUGCCGCGUCUGGUGCUGGAAGUCGAACCAGAUCUACAGGCUCAGGAUCAGGAUCUACCACAAGAGCGGCUUCGUUGGGCUCGACACCCAGUCCCUCGACGUCGUUGUUACCGUCGUCUUCGAGCUCGUCUGCCUCUAGCACAGGCGUUGCCAACCUGCUUCCACCCAUCUCAUCAUCGGCACCGGUAUCAUCACGCCGCAGUCCUUUCCGCACGCCGGCCGUGCGAUCGAAUGGACUUAAUCCCGUGUGGCAAACUUCGUUUUUGCUAGACAUACGUAUGCCAGCAGGACACGAUGCCAAAGCGAUCGUCCUGCAACGAGCGCAGCGGCUUAAGCAUGGCAAGGAACGAACAGACGAUCCAUGCGUGUGGGAAGACGUGACUCGUGGACUCUUACAUUUGUGCUUCGUUCAAGUGCAAAUUUGUGAUGAGCAGACAAGCAGCCAAGUACCACUCGCAACGACGACGCUAAGUCUCGGCCGUCUCCGGCAUGGCUACCGACAUGUCCCGCUGUAUGACAUGCAGCUUUCGCCGCUCAUGUAUUCCUCUUUGUUCGUGCACACAUCCUAUACCCAUAUGGAGGUCCUUCCCUCGACGUAG